UCAAUUGCUUAAGUACUUGCUUAGGUAACAAAAUGCACCGAGGAAAACGAUUCAGAGAUGUGGAGUUCCAGCAGUCUCAGGUGGGAUCUUCUUCUGCUCAGUCCAUGCGAUCCCAGCAGCCCCAGCAGCACGAGUCCGAGUCUCAGCAUGAGUUCCAGUCUCAGCAACAUCCAGGCCAGGAGGUUAUGGAUGACUUGCAUAUCCAAGAUGAACAAGGGAGAGUGAGGUUGACACGGGGUUCCUCUCGAGCACGGGAUGUGUGGCAGCUUCGUGAGGAUGAGAAGAUGGUCGUCGAAUGCAACGAACUAGGGCAGCCCAUCAAGAGGGCUGGAAGCCUUUUAUCAAGUUUCUUAGGAUCAGUUGCACGUAGGGGUCAGUUGUGUCCGCUCAACUAUCAUAAGUAGAAUGAUAUGCUUCCU